CCCACCGCACCCUUGCGAUAUGUGGUGAUCCACGCCUUUGAUAAUGCCGGAUAAUGAGCCUUCUGGCCUGAACAUUCACCCGAAUAGUGCGAACGAGGCUCCAGUUGACAGUUGCGAGACUGCCACCAGGCGCCUGCGAGGUGUUGGGGGACGUGUGCCCUUACAUACCCGCCACGCCCCCAAGCUACUUAUUGGGCCUGGCGAUCACCCGUUCCGCUCGUUCUUUCUUUCUCCGCCGCCCAUUGUCUCGCUCCGCCAACUCCUUGCUCCGCUCGAUCUCUCUCCCCGCGCCCGCAUUCACAUACCUAUUCCCGUGCCUGCAUUAACAUUUCAGCCCAUACACCGCCAAGUCUACUACCAUGUCAUUCAGCGUCGCCGAUCGAGUGAUCCUCGUUACAGGCGGAGGUACGGGCAUCGGCGCCUGGGCCACGGAGGCGUUCGUGAAGGGUGGGGCGAAAGUGUACAUCACUGGCCGGCGCGAAGCGAAGCUGAACGAGGUGGUCGAGAAGAUGGAUAGAAUAGCGCAGGGGAAGACGAUUCCGUUCCCGUGCGAUCUUGGGAAGGAAUCCGAGAUCGACAAACUGGUGGACUUCAUUAAGUCGAAGGAAGAGCGGCUCGACGUGCUUGUGAACAACGCUGGCCCCUUCUACGUCGACACCGUUGAUGACGAGCACGACCCCACGAAGGGGAUGGACCAGAAGUGCCCGUUCCCGCUCGCGCUCUCGCCCGCGGAGGCGUGGAAGGAGCAGUUUGCGGUCACGACCUGGGCGCCGUACACCCUCACCCUCAAGCUGAUCCCCCUUCUCGCCGCGGCGGCGAAGCUCGGCGACGGGCGCGGCUCGGUGAUCCAGAUUUCAAGCAUUGCGGCAAAGUUCUGGAACCCGUACUGGAGCAUCCCUGCAUACCAAGCAUCGAAGGCGGGCCAGGAGCACACUAGCAACAUCCUCGCCGCCAAGCUCUACACCUUUGGCAUCCGUGUCAACACCGUUUCGCCCGGCUCCUACGACACCGACGCCAACCCCUCCUUCCACGAGGCCGCAAUGUCGCACCCCUCGAAUAACGAGCGCAUCCCGCUCGGCCGAUCGGGUGGCGCUGACGACAUCGUCGGGCCUAUCCUGUUCUUCGCUAGUGCGGCGUCGAAGUACAUCACGGGGCAGCGCCUUGAUGUGGAUGGUGGCGUUAUGUUGGUGGCGAACGGCACGAAUAAGAUCGCGCCGUACGCGUCGAAGAUGGAGAGCACGCUGAAGCCCUAGAUGGGCGGAGAGAAUGAGAUACAUAACCUAGUAGGAUACACGAAUGCCCGAACUGUCUGAAUCUGUAAUUUCCUGCUGUAUACAUUUCAUGGGUGAUUCGGUCU